AUGAAUCUAGUUGUUGAUUCGUCUAAUAGUGUUCUACGUACACAUUGUGAAAGAUAUCAUGAAGAUUUACUUAGAAAGUAUCUAUCAAUGAAUCAACAGAAAAUUGUUCCUAGAUCAAAACAUCCUAUUGUGUUGGAGAAAGCUUUACCAACAAUUAGAAAAGAGCUCUUUUAUGAAAAAGAUAAACGUGUAUAUUGUAAUAUAUGUGAUACGAGUUAUGUAGAUUAUACAUCACCAGCUGCUCUACGAAAUCAUUAUAAUAUGAAUAAUAAACAAGAACUUUAUUAUUUUGAAAUCAAUAAUUUAAAUAAUGAAUUCGAUAUAAAACCUGUUGAUAAUGAUACAAUGUCAAUUACAAGUAAUAUUUCUAUUAAUUCCGUAUCAAGUGAUGUUACUUUAACUAAUAACUCAGUAAAAAAUAUUAUCGAUGAAUUCGUGAAUCAAAAAAAUAUAGUAGUUUGUUUGUGA